AUGAUUUCUCUAGAAAAUGGAUUUCAUCCCAACUUUAAUUUGGACCCGUUAGCGACAUUGGAAUUGAUCCUUCAAAAAUUAGUCGAAUUACACCUUCCUGAAAAAACAGGAGUUUCUCAGGUCUCUCACAAUGAUUUCAGAUGUUUUACACAAGCUUUUAUCCACCAUCUCCAACCAAUAUUGGACAUGGUGGUGGGAUGUCAUCAACGAGAAAGACGAGCUCGCUCGAGCAGUUCUUACAGUCUCAAUUAUGUUACUAUCCAUAUUGUUCUACCUAUGGACAUCUCUCUCAAGUCAAAAAACCAAAAUUCAGCUCCAUUGCCACCUGGACCCUGUGGCUUGCCUAUAGUCGGAUACCUCCCCUUUCUAGGCACAAACUUGCACCAACAAUUCGCUGAAUUAGCUCAUCAAUACGGCCCAAUCUACCAGCUAUGGUUUGGGAAUAAACCGUGCGUCGUGCUAAACUCGCCGUCUCUAGCAAAAGAGGUUGUUCACGACCUGGACACGGUUUUCGCCGACCAAGACCCUCCUAUCGCAGCAUUAGCUGCCACCUAUGGAGGAUUUGAUAUCGCUUUUGCUCCAUACGGCUCCUACUGGCGCACCAUGCGUAAAGUGUUUGUCAGAGAGAUGUUGAGUAACACUAGCUUGGAGGAUACUUACAGUCUCCAAAGAGGCGAGGUCAAAAAGACUAUCAGAGACUUGCAUAGCAAGAUUGGCACGGAAGUGGAAAUCAGCGAAAUAACAUUUCUGAUGGAAUUAAACUUGGUAAUGAGCAUGUUGUGGGGAGGCACGGUUGAUAGCCAGAGGGUCGAUAGCGGAGUGGAGAGGGAAAUGAAGAGGCUGUUGCAAUGGGUUGAUCGAAUUUUUGAUCCUCUACUAGAGUCGGGAAUGAGUAGGAGAGAGGGAGGCCAGGAGAAUGGAAUGAAGAGCUAA